UUGCAUGAGGGUGUGUGUGGCAGGGGGUUGGGAAGGCAACGGCAGCUCAUCCUAAUACAGGCUGUCUCAGGAUUAGACUGAACAUGACAGUGUGGGAAGCUCUCUGUAGGGGCCAGCAAAUUUAGGAAGAGAAGGUCUGAUUUGAAUGUGGAGAUGCAGUCAGCCCGAGGGAGUUAAACAAGUGAGUCGCGUCUCCUCCGUCCCCGUCCGUCCGUCUAUGCAUUCAUCCGCCCGGCGUUCCAUUCAGGCCGAAUGGCUGCCACCCGACCAGCAUUUAUUGAGAAGAUCAUGACUUUGAUUGGUGCCGGCAUUGACUUCUCCAAAGACCAGGAGUGCCCUGCCACAGGUGGAUCCGGGAGGCUACUUGAACAGCCGGUUGGUGAUUGGUUAGAGCAUAUAGGCCUUCCACAGUAUGAGAGCAAGCUUCUGCUUAACGGCUUCGAUGACCUGCGAUUCAUGGGAAAUGAUGUAAUGGAAGAGCAAGAUCUGAGAGAAAUUGGCAUCACGGAUCCAGGACAUCGCAGGAAGAUUCUCAGUGCUGCACGUUCUUUACCAAAGGUGAAAGCAUUAGGCUGUGACGGCAGCACGUCCCUCGCUGCAUGGCUGGACGUCCUGGGUCUUCAGGAGUACCUGCACAACUUCCUGUCCAGUGGCUAUCGCACGCUAGAAUGUGUGAAGAACCUGUGGGAGCUGGAGAUUGUUAAUGUGCUGAAGAUCACAUUGUUGGGCCACAGGAAAAGGAUUAUUGCAUCGUUAGCUGAACGGCCCUAUGAGGAGCCGCCAGUCAAACCACCCCGCCUCUCUCAGAUCAGAUGUCAGGAUCUCGUGUCCCAGACCUCAUCUCCUCUCAGUCACUCAGACUCCUACACACGUUCUAUGGAUCCCCUGUUACCCGCAGUGGAUUCUGGGAGGAGAAGAGGACCUGACUCAGAGUAUGACGUUGUCACCCGACAACGGCCUAAUGACAGACAACAACCACAAGAGAGAUACGAGGAACGUCAGCGGGAACCUCGUCUGACCUUACGACCCCCGAGUCUGGCGGCUCCGUACACACCGGUCCAGAACUGGCACCACCAGCCUGAGAAGCUCAUCUUUGAAUCGUGCGGUUAUGAGGCCAAUUAUCUCGGCUCAAUGCUCAUUAAAGAACUAAGAGGAACGGAGUCAACCCAGGACGCCUGUGCUAAAAUGAGGAGGUCGACAGAACAGAUGAGGAAGAUCCCCACCAUCGUCCUCUCCAUCACGUACAAGGGUGUGAAAUUCAUUGAUGCUGCCAACAAGAACAUCAUCGCAGAACAUGAGAUCCGGAACAUUUCGUGUGCGGCUCAGGACCCGGAGGACCUCUGCACCUUUGCUUACAUCACUAAAGAUCUGCAGAGCAGCCAUCAUUACUGCCAUGUGUUCAGCACCGUAGACGUGAACCUGACCUACGAGAUCAUUCUGACGCUGGGACAGGCGUUUGAAGUGGCCUAUCAGCUGGCACUGCAGGCCCAGAGGACCAGACAGCAGCAGAGCGCGGCAGGAGCGACGGAGAUCAUCGAGACCAAGAGCAGCAGACCCGUGCCAAAACCACGAGGGAGCAUGCGCAAGUCAGGGGUGGAAGUGCUGGAUGUGGACGCUCACAGUCAGAGCAGUGCGACCUGGAUCAUGGACUCCAAAGAUCCCAAGCGCACCGUCAGCACCAAGUACGAGACCACCAUAUUCUGAUUGGACGUUCCUCUCCUCCACGUCCCGCCCCCUCACACCUUUUCCUUUUGCUCUGUGCCUUCACUCUCUAGAUAGACUCUGACCUCCCCUUGCCGACAUGACCGAACUCCUCCACACGGAAGCCACCUAUCCAUUCACCCUUUUCUUCUCCGUCUGUCUCGCACAGUCCUGAAGCCUAGUUCUGCUCUGGCUGUCCAACAACCCUUUUCCUGAGGCCUUACUCGGCUGAAACAAACCUCCAAUCUUACUCAAACACAUUUCCCACUAUUCUCACGAUUCUCUGUCCUGAUGUAGCCCUUUAAGUUCGUACAGGUAAUGCCGCCCAGUUUAGGAGCCUGUAGUCGUAUCAUAACUGGCCUGAAACCAAAGUAUAAGUGCUGAGGACCAGAACAUCUCAUCAAUACUGUCAUUUAACCUUCCUGUUUCAAACGUGAAGAAACUAACAUUUCCUACUCCAUUCUGCUCAAAGGACUCUCCCUCCAUCAUUCACACUGACAGUUUUUUUUCUCUUAACUAGUUUUUUCUUUCUUUUCCUUCCUUCUGUGGUGCUCGUCUCUCCAGGCGUCGACCGCAAUAAGACACUGAUGAAGACUUCCUCUUCUUCCUCUUCAGUUUGAGCUAAAAUGCCUGGACUUCACUAAACAUGUAGCAUCAAAUAAAAAAAAACGCCGCCAAGGAUUACGUUAAAGGCACUUUCCAUGAAUAUGGUACAUACGGUGUCCUGUAUUUUUAGCAUUAAAGGCACAAAUUACAUAUUAUUUAGAAGUAGAACUAAUAAACAUGUUAGAUGAACCGUUAUCUAACAUAAAAAUAACAGCAUGGAAAGAGAGGUCUUGACCUUUUUGGCAGCAUCCAAUAGUUAAAAUAGUAAUAAUUAUUAAUGAUUAUUACUAAUAAUAAUAAUAAUUAUUAUUAUUAUUAUUAUUAUUAUUAAAAUAAAAUUUACUUAAUUACAUAAUUAUGUUAAUUAUCAAAAACACAUUUAGCUGUGUCCCACAAUUUGAGUUUACUCUAUAUUUAAAAAAAAAAAAAAAAAUCAUAAAAUUGUUACAUCAUUUGGACCUUUUCUACAGCAUUAUGGGGAAAGAGAAAAUCAUCUGAUUUUAUUUUCUAUUUUUUAAGCAAAUUAUUGACUGUAUUUGUCAACUUCAACUGUUCAACCCUGUUACCAAAGUUACUAGCCAGCACCUACUGAGUUAGGCUUAAUUAAGUGGAAUCUUUAUUUAUUUGUUUUUUUUUUUAUUCUAUAUUUUUUUAUUUUUGCUGUUUUGUCGUUUUUAUUUUUAAUAAAUCUAAUUUAUUUAAUGUUUUUUCUUUUAAAAAAAAGCACACAAAUCACAAUCAGUUUUUUUUUUUGAACUGCAUUCAAACAUUUAGAAAUUCAUAUAAAAGUAUUAAUAUUAGUAUAAAUAUCUUACAAAAACUCUAUAAUAUUUAGUUGGACAAAGUUUUAUGAAGGUUAAGCACCUCCUUUCCUUUUGCUACAAAGAAAAAAAUGACUUCACUUUGAGUUUUAGGCCCCAUUUUGUACCCGGUUUUCAUGGAAAGUGUGAGUAAAUUAUCAGAUGUUAAGCAUUGUUUGCAGUUGUUUGGGUUUUGUUUAGCUUACUUACUGGCAUCUAAAAAUGUUAGUAUGAACUGCAAGGACUAGAUGGAUUAUUAUUAUUCCUGUUAUGUUACUAUGCACAUCUAAUAGAUGCUAUACAUUCUGUCCAUCCUAACAUACAGAUGGGACUUUAGACAGCUGGCAGAAGCUUCUUUCAGUACAUUAGAAGAUAAUUGAAUUGGGAUUGAAGUACCUCACUGUAAAUGUAAUUUUGCUGCCAGUAUAUGGAUUUGCGUUUAGCACUGUGAUAUGAUGUGUUGUCUUAAGUCUGAGUUAGCAGACCAGGCUGGGCCUAAAUGUCUGAACCAAAUCACAAAGAGGUGUCUGAGCAGAUCGCUUGCUAAAAAUGUGUCUGAUGUCAAGGAAUCAAAGUAAAAUGUAACAUCGACUGCUUAUUAUAGACUUUAUCAGGUGGCACAUGCACAAGCAGACUAAAACCAGUGUUGUAGUAAGCGCGGGUUUGUACCAGAUCAAAUGCCAUUGUGGUUUAGAAAUGCUGUUUUGUCUUUUGUUUUCUUGUCUUAGGGAUUCAAAGGUGGAAUUAUGUUCAUAUAUUCUUCACAAGCCUUAAAAAUUCUCAUGCGAUCAUGUAAAAUAUGGGUGCAUUUACAAAUACCUACCAUUUAUCAGGGGAAAAAACUAAAUGUCACUGCAUAUAUUAUGAUGAUAUGGAAGCCCAUAAAUCAUAAUUGACAUAUCUCAUAAUUAUUCAUUUUUGUCUCAUAAUUUUAGCUUUUAUAUCAUAUUUAUGAGGUAGUAUGCCAUAAUUAUGACUAAGUCGAAAUUGACAUACUAAAUCAUUAAUAUGACAUAAGUUUAAAUUGACAACUUCGACUUCUCAUAAUUAUUUUGACAUACUAAAUCAUAAAUGAGAUAAAAAGUGAUAAUUAUGACGCAAAAAGUUGAAACUGACUUUUUGUCAAAAUGAUUCAUUUUUGUCUCACGGCCUUUCAUCGCAUAAUUUACUUUUUAACCUCUUAAUUAUCUUAGAAUUAUGACCUUAGUAUUUCAUAACUUUGACUUUUUAUGUCAUAAUUAUGAUUUACCCAAGCAUUAUUUUCUUUGUCUGGCUGAAAUUGGCUUUCAUAUGAUGAUGACACACUGGCAGCCAGUUUUAUUUGUUGCAUCCUUUUACAGUAAGGACAGUUAUACAGAGAUGACAGAAUUAGUUCAGUAUCAAAGGGUAAAUAUGGAUAAAGUUAUGUUUAUUGAUCUAUGAUCAGCAUCUCCUCUGGUCUAACAUCUCCUUAUAUUGCCUGCUGCUCUCUCUUCAUCCUGAAAGUUUUUCCUUUACGUCAGUCUGCUUCUUCUGUUGUUGUGCAAUAUUCAUUUUUCUCCUCAAAAUCCUAUCCCUUUAGACCCCAAGGGCUCGCCGUUUGUAAUGCCUAAUAAUCAAUGUGGCUUCAUCCUUUUGUAGCUGAUCACAUAAUUAGUCAUGGGUGCGUCUCAAUCAACUCCCUAGUUCAGUGGUCAGGGCACUGAUCAUGGAGUCGGACAUUAUAAGGGCUGUUUCAAUUGCAAAAUCCUUCAAGUGCACUGAAACGUUCGCUCCCUAAAAAGUCCAACAAUGCAUUGUGAAAACCAGUGAGCAUCAAUGCUUACUGUGUUCGCUUAAUGGAGGUUUGGGAGUGUGCCAACUCACCACACAUAAUGAUGUUGUACAAGGAUGUUGUCAUGUCACCAUCAGUGUCCCAAUGUGUAGUGAGUCAGGGUCCUCACUGUCCUUACCAGUGCCCAAUUCAUGUACAUGAUAUACUGAUUCAUGACCUAGGGAGCUGAUUGAGAUUAUAGUCCAGUAUGCUAGUCUUUAUCGCAAAAUAAAGCCUGAUGUGGGUGAAGCAGAGCAUAAAUAAAUAAAUAGACAAGAAAUAUUAAUUUCAGUUGAAAUUAUGUACAGUAAUCAUCUGAGAAAGUGGGCACAGAGACGCAUGAAACUAGCAGGAAAUAUUUUGUCUGUUCAGAGUCAGAGGUGUGUAGAAAAAGUACACCCUCUGAAAAUUAAAUACAGAAUUCGAAGAGAAAACAUAGCAUUACUUUAUCUAAUACUGAAAGCGCAAAGUUAUGAUGGUUUGAUAUGAUUGCAUGAAGUAAAGGCUGGAAUACACUACACAACUUUUAAAAUUGGAACAGAUUUUAAAACACUAGGCAUCAUACGCUUGCUGACUUUGUAACUGGUUACAGGUUACAGAAACUUAUCAUCAUACACUAAACGACUGAGGACUUGCAAGUUCCGAACACAACAAACUCACACAGAAAUAUGCGCCUCGUUGCCAGAAGAUGUGUGACAAAUGAAAACAAUAUGUGUUCUAAAAUCAGCUCAAAAUAUACAUAUUUGAUCUCCGGCGACUAGAUCGAAUCAAAUUUUGAAGCUAAAAAAUCUGAGUUUGUCAUAAGUUAUGUUGGGAAUUUUGGGAUAUUGCAUUAAAAAAAAACGCUGGAUGAAAAUGGCAAUGCACAUAAAUUCUAAAAAAUCCGCAUAAAAAAUUUUAUGCGCUUGUUUGAGUUGGAUAAACUUUUUAUCUGAUAAGAAAACAUGCGAAUAAACUAUGGAUGGAAACAUUUACAGAAUAAAUUCCUCGAUGUGCAUCAAAAAAGACAUGUGACUUUGCGAUGGAACGGCAUAACUGGACCAACCAGUGGACUGAUCUCAAUGAAUCUGAAAUGCUGUUUUGGUUGUUCUGAAAUGCCUGAGCAAAGUUUGUCAUCAAAGUUGUUCAGAAUAAUUCCCUCCCAGAACUGUAUUACACGACUGCGUUCACAAACAGCAGGCAUCCUCCAAAAGAAAGAUAAUUUUAUUGCAUUUCAUCUGCAUGCUCUGAGGCGCAAGUAACUUAUUAUAUACGAAUGCAAUAUACAGUGGCUUCUCCUACUGCAGAAACUUCCAUUUUUCUUAGUGAUAUUUAGCGCCAGUUUAUCAGGAAGUUCAAUUCACAUUUAUUUGUAUAGGUCUUUUCACAAUACAUAUGAUUUCAAAACAGCUUUACAGAAAAUGCAUGUCAACAUUACAAUCUGGAGUGAUCUGUUAUCGGAGGUGACUGUGCAAGUUAUGUAAUUUCAGAAAUGUGCAUAUACAAAUCACGCAGUUAGCUAACAAUCUAUUAAUUUAAACAAUGUAUUAAUUUUAAGGCAGAAACAAUGAGCUCAUUGAAAUAAUGAAUACAUGUUAACAAAUAAUUAGGAUGACGAUUUUGUUCUCUUCGGCUCACUGCAUGGAAACGUUGCUUUAUUUGCAAAUGUUUAAUGCGAUUUAUUCCAAUUUUGCACACAAGUUAAAUUUGAAACUUUGGAUGGAAACAUAGCUAUUAAAGGUGCAAUAUGUAAGAAUUUUGCAGUAAAAUAUCCAAAAACCACUACGUAAGUGUUAUAUAUUUUGCUCACUUGAGUACUUACAAUAUCCCAAAUGUUUCCAACUAUUUGUAAAUCGUGAGAAAAUUGCAAUUUUAACAAAGGCUCCGGGACAUGUGAGGAGUCGCCUGUCAAUUGCGUCAUACCCGCGUUACACUCGAUUUCUGGUUUUAUUUUGUAGAAACCAUGGAAACACCAAAGACGCUUUAAUAUACAUGUUUUAAUAGACAAGGGAAUAACUGUUGGGAUAUAUUUAUAGACAGAAAACUAAUUAUUGUUAUAUAGCUCAACACGUUUAGUCUUAUUGCUUAAAUUUAAUUUGCUUUACCAUGCCUCAGAGAAAAACAUUAUUUUGUGAAGUAGCUAACAUGGCAUAAUCACAUGCAGCUUUAUUUUUAGUAACAGUAAUACAGCAUUUUCUCCAUCAUACAAUACGUUUUAAAAUUAAUUGAAUGCCAUUUAUCAACACAAGCCAUCCAGCAUUUAAUAUUAUAUUAUAAAAUCAAUCUAGCUUACUGCAGUCUGCAACAAGUAUCUCACAGCAGCCACUGAGCGAACGCAAAGAGUAACGUCAUCACAUUAUUUUCAACACACUCAAAUGUAUCUAAUAUGAUAAACAGAGCUGUGUUACCUCACACUCAUGACCGGAAAAGCGGAAGCGGCGCCGACGACUGUGCCAUAAUAAAAGUUCCGCUGCUCGUGGCGUGUGUUGCGCAAUCGCUCCAGCGGCCUCGUUCAGCUCCCACAACACUCGGUCCUGCUCUGCUUCAUACUACAGUGAUGUUAUUAAUCGCAUCCAUGAACAUGAUUUCUUCCCGAGUCCUAUCCCGAUUCUUUUUUUCACCAGCUGUGAGGUGAACACCACAUGUCCCAAGAUUCCGCGCUCAAACUUGGCGUCAUCAAGCUACGCCUUUGUUUUGAAUAGGCCUCUAGCGGACAGAAAAUUCUACAUAUUGCACCUUUAACUGCAUGAUUUUCUAUGAAAUCUGUCAACUCUGACUGGCCAAAGUCUGCAGACUGGCUCUGACUAUCAGCAACUAGUCUCAAAUCCUGCAGUCUUUAAAUCAUAGCAAAAAUCUGUGCAAAAGUCGUGGUCUAUUUCAGUCUUAAGGGUCUAGCAUGUUAACUAUAAGCUAACUGAAAACACAAAAAGAACUGUAUAUAUAAUUUAAGUAGUUAUAUCACGAUAACACUGUGAAAUGUCAUUUGUAUCCCAUUUUAAUCUGAUGUAUUUCUGAGUGAAAUGGGAUAUUCAGCAAGAAUAUUGUAGAAUAUUCAGUUGGCUGAGACUUGCAUCCUACAUGGUAAUGUAUUAUUUCUAGUCAGGCAGUCUAAAAUAUCAAGACAAGUUUUUAUCAGCAAGGGCCCAGUGGGGAGAAGAUUUUGUGGGGGAAAGUGAUCGUCACUACAGCAUCUUCCUUUUCUCCACCUUCAUUUCUCUUCUCUGCUUUCGCUCAUAUUCGUUGUAAAUGGUAUUAGCAUGUUAACUAGAUCCCACAUUUUAUUUGUUUGAUUUGUUUUAAUCCCUGUGUGUGUAUGUCUCC